AUGGAGGCGUUCCCGAGACGGGAGAGCGACCGAGACGUGGACGCGUUCGAGGAAGAUUUCAACGAUCGCGCGGGGACGGAGGACGUGAACGAGUUCGGCGAAGACGCGGGCGCGAUCGACGUCGGACAGGUGCAGUCUGAUCCGGAUGAGGACAGGGAUGAUGAUUACGGGUACUUUGUCGGCUCCGUCGCGUUCGUGUGGGAGCAGGAGGUGUACACGUACGGCGGGUUGGCGCACGAGGGGGAAUUCGUCACGAGCGUCUACCGGUGGAGCGGACGAGGCGCGUGCUAUGAAGUCACCGCGACGGCGAUCGAUCCCGAGAUCGGGGUUCCUCCGGGAAGGUACGGGCACGCCGCGGUCGUUCGAGGGGACUCCUUGUACGUGUUCGGCGGUCAGGGUCAGUUUGGGAGCCUGAAUGACUUGUGGGUGUUUGACUUCGUGGCGUGCACGUGGACGCUGGUGGACGUCAUCGGAGAUCCACCGCCCAAGCGCACGGGACACUGCAUUUGCAUAUCGGACGAUGUUCUAUUCGUGUUUGGGGGGAAAGACGUACAGCCGGGGCAGGACGUCGUCGUUUACAACGACUUGUACGGGUUCGACUUGGCGGAGUCUGAGUGGCUGACAAUCGACACGCAGUGGAAGCAUCCCGUGGGCGGUGAAUCGUGCGCGAUGGCGGCACGAGACUCCGUGCUGUACGUUCUAAGCCCGAGCGAGACAUCCAUCGAGAUGGUCGUUUGGGUGCUUCAAUUGUCGGUGCAGGGAACCCCGCGCUGGACGAUGGUGGCAAGAGCCGGACAAGUGCCGACGCCUCGUACUUCCUACUUAUCGUGCACUCUUGGGAACAACUGGAUCAUUCACGGAGGUCGUGUGUUACUGCAAGACGGUGUCCUCGGUGACACGUACGCUUUUCACUUUCCCACCGCGCAGUGGGCGCGCCUCAACCCUGAAUCUGACACCGACCCGCGCUUCAGCCACAGUGGUGCCUGCGUCGAUGGCGCCCUGGUUAUCUUGCAUGGUUCUCGCGAUUCGAACAUUCGCGGCAUAUCCGAGGAAACUGGAGUGUGCAUAGCGAUCAAUCUCGAGGCGUAUCUUCCGUUUCCCGUCGGUGAUGAGGACGCUGAAGCCAAACAAUCACGCUUCAACGAAAUGGAGACGGAGCGCAAGGAAGAGGAGGUUGCAGAAGAGGCGCAAAAGGAGCAGGAGCUGGAGGAGACCGAGACAGUUCUUGAAAAGAACAUUCUCACACAGCUCAACGAGCGCGGUGUUUAUGGCGACAAAGGUGGGUUAUUGGGUGGUACACUCCACGUUCCCAUCAAAGGGUCACAUGAUUCGGGUGACCUUGAGUUCAUCGUGGACGACUGUAAAAUUUUCGCCCACUCUGAUAUAGUGAGAGAGGGAUCUUCCUAUCUCAAGCAGAUCAUGGAGAAAUCUCCGAUGAGUGCGGCUCUUGAACGAAAACCGGACGCGAUCAAAAUCACACAGCAAUAUUACGGACUCAUGGGAACACCUCUCUCGAUCCUCUUGAGGGCUCUGUACACAAUCAUGGUGAUUAUCGCCUUCACCGUGCGUCGUGUAGUUUCGCCAACACACGAUGCCAGGAAAAGAAUCGUUCUCACCGACACAAGUGUCCCAGUUGUCUUGGCCGCUCUGCGCUGGAUAUAUCAAAUUCCAGUGCACCCACCGGUCGAAAUGCUUCUCGACUUGUUCGAGUUGGCGACUCGGUUGAGGAUUGACAGACUGCCAAUUUACUGCAUCGACCGUCUAAAGAAAGAGGUUAGCGUUGAGACGGCGGCAGCAGCGGCAAAGGUUGCGGCUGUGUCGCGCAGUGCCUCUCUUUGGAAGGCGGCAGUGAAAGUUGGUCAGCAGCACUGGGGUGAAGUGAGCCACACCGCCGGCUACCUCGAGCUCAUGCACUCUAGUCCGCACAUUGCGCAAGACUACGCGCUAGCGAUUCAUGAAAGUGUGGUGCUACCCGCCCAUAAAACGUUUGGCACUGCAGCCGCGUGA